CAUCACAAUGUGGCCCAUUCAGGAUCUCAGGCCUCACUUGCCCCUGGGCCCAGGAUAUGUGAGUUUACCCUCCCAGGGCUGACCUGCACUUAACAGGGCCAGGGCAACGGAGACAAGUCGACCUGUGGCACGGACCCGCCAGGCGCUCUUGAAGAUGAAUCACAUGUCUCCCAGGCUGAGAGCCUUCCUCUCUGAACCCAUCGGAGAAAAGGAUGUUGCCUGGGUGGACGGGAUCAGCCAUGAGCUUGCAAUCAAUUUGGUCACCAAAGGUUUCAACAAGGCCUACAUCCUGCUGGGACAGUUCCUCCUGAUGCACAAGAAUGAAGCCGAGUUUCAGAAGUGGCUCAUUUGCUGUUGCGGCGCCACCGAGUAUGAGGCCCAGGAGAGUUCUAACUGUCUGAAGGAGUGGUGUUCCUGCUUCCUGUGAACACACGUCCCCUUGCUCUGAUGCCUGGAAGCAAGUCAUUAAGUCCUCAAGAGAAGAGAAUUAAACUGUCUUGAAACAGCAACUAAUAUGCAGACAUAUUUUUAAGAGCAUUGUAGUCCGAUUUCUGAGGUAUAAUUUAUAUUCAGGAAAACUUGCCCUUUUUAGGUGUGUAGUUCUGUGACUUUUGACAAAUGCAUUGUCCCCAAACCACUACCAGAAUCAAGAUGGAGAGCACUUUCAUCACUCCAAAGAGUUCCCUGGUACCUCCCCAUAGUCAUCCCUGUGGCCCUCCCCAGCCCCUGCCAACAAAUGAUCUGGUUUUUGUCCUCAUAGUUUUGACAUUUCCAGAAAGCCAAAUAAAUGUAAUCACAUAAUA